AUGGCUCUAUCGACAACAUUAUUUCUGUACAUUCAUACCCGAGAUUUGCAUACCAAACUUAAAGAAAUGGAAGUGAAAAUUCAACCUGUCAGUAUGGUGUCAGGAAAUCAGUUACUCUUAGAUAAUAGUGGUCCUGCAGCACCUACAGGAGUUAGAGCAACCAUGAAAUUACUUGAAAGUACAGGACAAAUGUCAAUGUUACAACCAUCAUUACUAAAUAACACCAGAAAAGCGCAAGUCAACACUGUUUUCUUCAACAGAGUACCAAAAGUUGGAUCUCAAACAUUAAUGGAGCUUAUAAGAAGAUUAAGUAUAAGAAACAAUUUUGGUUUUCAUCAAGAUAUGGUGCAAAGAGUAGAAACCAUUAGACUAUCUCCAGAGGAUCAAGCUAUUUUGGCAGCAUUGGUAUCUAGUUAUGAUCCGCCUGGAGUGUACAUUAAGCAUGUUUGUUUUACUAAUGUUUCAAGUUUUGGAUUACCAGAACCAAUUUACAUUAAUUUGGUUCGAGAUCCGGUUGAACGUGUUAUAUCAUGGUAUUACUAUGUUCGAGCCCCUUGGUAUUACGUUGAACGGAAGAUUGCUUUUCCUGAUAUACCUCUGCCUGACCCGAAAUGGUUAAAAAAGGAUUUUGAGGAAUGCGUCUUAUCUGGAGACCGUGAAUGUAGAUACCUAAGAGGAGAAAUACGGGAAGGUAUUGGUGAUCACCGACGUCAGUCGAUGUUCUUUUGCGGCCACCAUCCUGACUGCUUACCGUUCAACACAGAAGGAGCCUUAGAACGUGCAAAAAGGGCAGUCGAAAGGAAUUAUGCUGUUGUAGGUGUAUUGGAAGAUUUAAAUACAACUUUAACAGUCUUAGAACAUUAUGUGCCUCGAUUUUUCGAAGGAGCUACUGAUAUUUAUUACAAUGAAAUAAGUCGCUACCAUCCCAUCAACAAAAACAACUUCAAGCCACCCGUCAGCGAAGAAGUUAAAGAGUUGGUGAGAAAAAAUUUUACGAAAGAAAUCGAAUUUUACGAGUUUUGCAAACAGAGACUACACAAGCAGUAUUUAGCCCUAAAGCUGCCCGAUGCCGGCACUUAA